CUGCGGGCAGUGAGUGGAGGCGCGGACGCGCGGCGGAGCUCGAGCUGCUGCAGCUGCUGCCGCCGCCGGAGAAACCUUGAUUUCCGCGCUGCGGACACCCCGGCCUCGCCAUGGCUGACCAGCUGACUGAGGAGCAGAUCGCAGAGUUCAAGGAGGCCUUCUCCCUCUUUGACAAGGAUGGAGAUGGCACUAUCACCACCAAGGAGCUGGGGACGGUGAUGAGGUCCCUGGGACAGAACCCCACCGAAGCAGAGCUGCAGGACAUGAUCAACGAGGUGGACGCGGAUGGGAACGGGACCAUUGACUUCCCAGAGUUCCUGACCAUGAUGGCCAGAAAGAUGAAGGAUACCGACAGUGAGGAGGAGAUCCGAGAGGCCUUCCGUGUCUUUGACAAGGAUGGCAACGGCUACAUCAGCGCGGCAGAGCUGCGCCACGUAAUGACGAACCUGGGUGAGAAGCUGACCGACGAGGAGGUGGAUGAGAUGAUCAGAGAGGCUGACAUCGACGGUGACGGCCAGGUCAAUUAUGAAGAGUUUGUACAGAUGAUGACUGCAAAGUGAAGGCCCGGGCAGCUGGUGAUGCCCGUUCUCUUGAUCUCUCUCUUCUCGCGCGCACUCUCUUCAACACUCCCCUGCGUCCAGUUCUAGCAAACACCAAUCGAUUGACUGAGAAUCUGAUAAAGCAACAAAAGAUUUGUCCCAAGCUGCAUGACUGCUCUUUCUCCUUCCUCCCUGAGUCCCCUUCCACGCCCCUCAUCUCUUCCUUUGCCCUCCCUCUUCCAUUGACCUCUGCCAGGGCCUGAUGUAUUUAUAAGAUGAAUUCCCCCUUCUUCCUGGGGAGCUCUGCCCCCCUCCUCCUCCAGCCCGGGUGGCUCUCCUCCAUUUCGGUUUGUUUCCUUCAUUUGUCAUCUUAUUUUGGGUGCUGGGGUGGCUGCCAGCCCUGUCCUGGGACCUGCUAGGGAAGGGACAAGGCCCUCACGCAGGCAGAAGAGCACGCCUUUGUCAUUGCAUGCAACCAGCCCUGUGAUCCGUGUGCAAAUCCCAGCAGCCUUUGGGGUAGGGGUGCCAAGAGAGGCAUUCUAGAACGGGUUGUGGUGUUGGCUGGAUGUGGCCCCGGGGAGGGUUGAGGGG